GUAAACUAGUAGUAGUAGUAUUGGUAGUAGUAAUAGUAGUAUUAGGCGGAGCCGGCUCGAAGUCGUCCGGGUGGAACGUAUCUCCUCCGUGCUGGUUUCCCUCCGGUUGCCUUUGACGGUCACACCGGCUGCUCACCGGAUGUUGACGCAGUCACGUUGCUGUUCGGAGUUGUGCGCGAGUCCUCAUCGAUGUGUUCAUUUACCCGCGAGACGUUCACACAAAACGUGUCAUAAUUCCACCGGGAUGUCGGCGUCGUUGGUCCGAAGAGGACUGGAGCUGCUCAACAGUGACGUCAAAGAUGUCAGUGAAGCGAAGAAGAAGAAGAGGACGACGAAGCAGCAGCAGCAGAAGAAGAAGCAGCAGCAGACCCCCGGCUCCUCCACCGUGAUGCAGCUGGUGAGCACCAGGCGGCAGGGGGUCACGCGGCAGGUGAAGCGGCUGCAGGGCCGCCUCGGGGCCGGAAAGAGCAAAGCCACCGUCAAAGACAAGAGGAUCAAGUCUGCAGUGGAGGAGUUCAGGAAGAACCAGAGGAAGAGUCACAUGACCGAUAACCUCAAGUACUUCAUGGCAGACAGCAACAAAACACCCGACUCUGACACUGUGAAGAUCCAGAACCACAACCUGGGGCGGCAGUCGAGGAGUCGCCGGGAGCCGCCGGCCAGGAAGGCGGAGAAGGCGACGUCUCUGUUCACGGAGGAGGAGUUCCAGCAGUUCCAGAUGGAUUACUUUGGCAGGACUGUCGAGGGGAAGAAAUGAAGCGCACCGGUAAAAACACAGAGACACUUGAGGCCUCGCAGGAAACGGGGAGCUGCUGCUGACAACAUCAAGAGCCACCAGGCUCUCAGUGACGUACGUGCACAACGUGCACUACGUUUCUGAUUCAAACGCACUGAUCUCCUUCUGGGGUCCAGUUCUUCUCGUGUUCAAAUGGAAAGUAAAAUAGUCGUGUUAGUUUUCUUGCGUGGACGACAAUCCAAAGACUUCCUGUAGACUCUGUUCCUGUUAUAAAUACCGCCCCUGAAUGAGUGUCAUGAUGAACCAACUAAACGGAAAUAAACAGUGCAAACUGAA